AUGGUGAGGAGCAAAGAGGUGCCCAAGAGGCCCAAGGACCCGCUCAUGACCCCUCCGUCCAAGCCCAGGGGAUUCAGGUACGACGACGACGGCGGCUUCUGCGGAAGCUUGCCGAGGAACCGCGGCGGCUCGGCCAUGUCCCCGGCGCCGGCCUCCGUGCCCAACUACAUGCGGGCCACCAGCAGCUCCGGCGCCAAGGCCGGGCCCGGCCGGCGCGCGGGGGCGGUGGCCUCGUCGGCGUCGCCCACGACCAGGCGGGGGCCGGCGCGGGCGGUCACGAUGGGGAGGGUGCUGUUCCCGACGCCGGAGGUGCCCGGCAUGGUCCGCGCCACGCCCACGUGCUCCUCCACCAUGAAGGAGGCCAAGUUCCCCGGCGCGCUCGACCUGGCGCCCGGGGCCACCGACGCCCAGGGCCCCGCGGCGAUGCGGGUCUGCCCCUACAACUACUGCUCCCUCAACGGCCACACCCACUCGCCGGCCGUGCCGCUCCGGAGCUUCCUCGCGUCGCGCCGCCGGCUCAUCAAGACGCAGCAGAGCAUGAAGCACAAGGGCGUCUCGGCGUUCCGCAAAGGAUCCGGCGGCCACCAGAGGCCGGAGGACAAGAAAAGCGGCCCCGUCCUCUGCGCCGCCGUCGCCAAGGCCGCGCCUCUGGUCGACGAGGAGGCGCUCGGCGACUUCUUCGUGGAGGUGUACGCCGGCCCGAGGGUGAGCUCCGACAUGAGCUGCAGCGACAUGUCCCUGGACGAGAUGGACGCCGCGGUGAGGAGGAUGGAGUUCGUCGUCUUCGACCGGUGCGGCGUGGGCGAGGACGACGAGAAGGGCGGCGAUCCUGCCGUUGGCGGUGACGGCGGCAGGAGGCCGGAGGAGGACAGGCUCGGUUUCUGCAGGGACAGUUCGUCGGAGUGCAGCGAUGACGCUGUCUCCGGUCCCAUCUCCGGCAACCUCGUGGAGGAGCUGCCCUGGAUGAGGUACGAGUGCGAUAGCCUGGAGGAUGAUGUUUCAGAGGAGCAUGUUCAGGAAGCAGAGGUUUCAGAGGGGCAACAAUGUAACGACGAAGAAGGCGGAUCGAGCGAUAAUCACGAAGAGGAGGCGGAUGAAGAACAGAAACCGGAACACGAGGAGAUCAUCUCCGAUCUGCCCCGUGAAACGGGGAUCGUCGCGGAGGAAGAGGGUGUCGAUUGCAGAUCUCCACUCCGCGAAGACAUCUCAAACACAAUGGAUCAACAUGAGGCUUGCACAGUGCAAGAGACGCAACAUGAAGACGGUGAGGAGCGUGUCUCGGAUGUUGCCCACAAAAUGAAGAUCGCCGCGGCGCAAGCAUGUAUUGUUUGUGCAGCGGAGGUCUGCAAUGAGCAGGAAGAAGAAGAAGAUCAAGACAACAUCCUGGGCAAAGUGAUCCAAGGGGAUGCUUCUGAUGGACAAGGCACGUCAGCAGAGAAGCUCUCCAAUGGUGUGGACGAGUCGGAGAUUCCUCAGCAUGAACUAGACAUCCUGGGCAAAGUGGUCCAAGGGGAUAUUUCUGAUGGACAGGGCACAUCAGAAGAGCAGCUCUCCAAUGGUGUCUGUGAACCGGAGAUUCCUGAGAAUGAAGUAGCAGAAAGCGUGGAGAAUGUCGUCGAAGAGAGCCGGGAAGAGGAUGGUGUAGCAGAUCAGGGAACAAAGGAUGAUCAGAGCAACGUUGAAUCUACCGGCAACUUAGAAGUUACAGAGAAGCAGGACAUGCCGGAUCAUGAGUCUGAAAUGGAGAUUUCUGAGACUGUCCCCAGUGUUGCAUGCGAAGAGGAUUUCGUCGAGGAAGAAGUAACCUCCAGAGCUGUUUCAGAAGGUGAAAUUUCUGACUGCAGUGCUAUUGCUUCUCUGGAUGCUGAAAUCUCGACACCACCAACAGAGGGUGGCUUUGAACAAGAUGUGAACACGGUGGAAGACGCUUUUGAACAGUAUGACGGUGCCGUGAACAACUUUGUUGAUCAGUGUAUCCCUGCAGAAGACACAGUGGAUGUCACAGAAGAUGCUGAGAAGCAAAUUGAGAUUACCUCAUGCAAUUUGGAAGAUGCUUCUGAAGAAUCUGGUACUGCCCAAGAAAGCAGCCAGGAAGUUACUUUCCUAUGUGUUGAUGCUACUGCCCAAGAAAGCAGCCAGGAAGUUAAUUUCCUAUGUGUUGAUGGUGGCGCGCAAAUGGAACUAGAGCCAGAGGUUACAAAUUGCAAGUUGGAAGAUUCUUCUGAAGAGUCUGGUAUUGCCCAAGAAAGCAGCCAGGAUGUUAAGCCUGUAUGUGUUGAUGCUGCUGCUCAAACGGAACCAGAGCCAGAGGUUAGAAAUUGCAAGUUGGAAGAUUCUUCUGAAGAAGAGUCUGGUAUUGCCCAAGAAAGCUCCCAAGAUGUUAAGCCUGUCUGUGUUGAUGCUGCUGUUCAAAUGGAACCAGAGACUACAAACUACAAAUUGGAAGGUGCUUCUGCAGAAGCUGGUAUCACUGGAGAAACUGUUCAUGAUGAUAACUUGGUGUAUGUCGGCGAGGCUGCUCAAGUGCAAUCAGGGGUUGACACAAGCGAGUUGGUAGACACUUCUGAGGAAUCUGGUAUUGCUCAUGAAAUUUGUGAAGAUGAUAACUCUGCAUAUGUCAGUGAUGAUGCUCAAAGUGAUUCUGGGAUCGCCACAUGCGAAUUGGGAGAAGAAUCUGCUAAUGUCCAGGAAGCUGAUCAGGAUCAGAACUGUACAGAUGUCAAUGGUGGUUUUACAAAUGAAUCCAUGCUUACCGCUUGUGAACUGGCAGAGGCUUCUGAAGCAUAUGAUAUUACCCAAGAAGCUAUUCAAGAUGACAACAUUUCAGAUGUCAAUGAUGGUGCUCAAAAGGAAUCGGAAAUUAUAGCAUGCGAAUCGGAACAUGCUUGUGAAGAAUCUCAUAUUAUCCAAGAAGGGGGUGAAGAUGUUAACGCUGCUUGUGAAGAAUCUGAUAUAAUCCAAGAAGGGGUGGAAGAUGAUAACACUGCUUGUGAAGAAUCUUAUAUUAUCCAAGAAGGGGGUGAAGAUGGUAGCACUCCUGGUGUCCGCACUGGUGCUCUAAAGGAACCAGAGAUCAUGGCAUCCGAAUUGGCAGAUGCUUGUGAAGAAGUUUGUAUUACCAAGGAGGCUAAUAUCUCACCCGUUGUCCAGAUACCUGAGCAUAACUAUGACCUGUCAGCAACUGACGGCUAUGGGGAGCCUCAGAACCUACCAGCAGAAGACACUGUUGCAAAAGAAUUUUCCAUUGACGACAUGUGCAACGUAUUCAGCGGGUUGAACCUCAAAGGCGACGUAUAUGUUGAUCCUACCGAGUCCGAGAUAUGUCCGAGAAACAGAAGGAUCGUUGCCGGGAGGAGGAGAACACCUGAAGAAGAUGAAUACAUGCGAGGCUUUAACCCAAGGGCACCGAAUUUUCUUCCUCUGGAAUCGGACCCGGAUGCAGAGAAGGUUGAUCUGAAGCAUCAGACGGCGGAAGACCGCAAGAAUGCCGAAGAGUGGAUGAUCGACUACGCGCUUCGGAGGGCGGUGAAUAAUCUCGGCCCUGCUCGGAAGAAGAAAGUGGAGCUUCUGGUCCAGGCCUUUGAGACUGUCCUACCGCAGGAUGAGAAGAAAAGCAUUUCACCUACAAGGCCUGCCCAAGCUUGCAACUGA